CAAUUGUUAAAGCAGGUAUUUUCAAUCCCGAUGUUCUGCGCCGCCGCUAAAGAAUCUCGAAUUGCGUCAGAUUCUGUGGCAAAACGCUUGAGCACAACUUUACGCCCAAUGACUCACUGAUUCACACGAGCCUGUGUGCCUGUCCGCAUUGUCCCUUCGCUACUCCCCCUCCCCGGACCCGGGAGCUAGAAUCGUUUGUCGCCGAAGGUCGUAAUCUGCGGGUAGUGGUGAAACUGGAUUUCUUUCCCACUUUGUCUCUCCUACUUGCAUGCAAACGAAUGUUUUACGGGUUCCUACGCACCCUGGAUAUCUUUCAGAAGUCUGACUGACAUCCCAGACAAGUUGUGUCGUGCCCUGUCAGACCAAUUUCAAAUGUACCACCCUCAGGCUAUUUUUUUUUCCACAGCUUCCUUCUUGUAACAUUACUUUUUUUUUUUUAAUUUAUGAAAGGGUAAUAUUUUUCGCUUUAUUUUUUAUUUUGGGAGGCAAACAGUUCACAAGUGUUUUAUGAGUACUCGUUCCCGACUCCAGGGACCAUAUCAAUUUUCGCCAAAUGUAUUCAUGAAAUGUUUUAGGGAUUCUGAAAACGGCUUCUUUGAGUUUUGCCAGAUGACAGCUUUAAAUCUCCUGGUUGUCCAUAUAUGGUCUACAGGUUGUAGCUUUUUCAUCAGCGCUCUUGUGCCAAGAGUCCUGCUUUCAAGCAAAGAGGAAAGUAGCAUCAUGAUAUACAGUACAAGGGGUUCCUCUGUUUUGGACAUUUGAAGUGGUUACAAAGUGCCACAAAAUGAACUUGUUUUUGUGCAGCGCAAGAAACUCAGUAACUGUAAAAAAAAAUUCAUUGGCUUGUUUGAUAUUUAUGACCUAGAUGUGUUUUUAAACAAGUAUUUACUGUCAUUAUGACAUUUUGAGGUUACAGUGCUGAGCAAUAAAAUAGCGAAUGUUUUUCAUUUCACUGUUUUCAAUCCAAACAUGAUGUCAAAUUCGACUUGCAAAGGGACUCUUGAGCAACCUGCUUAGUAUUCAGCAUGUCUGGAUGCCUUUCUUGGGCAAGGACUGGAGGUCGCCAGGAUGGAGGUGGACCAAGACGGAACACGGCUGGAAGAGGAUCAUCUUCUAUGGACACGACAUGGACGACAUCCACAGAGAAAUCGAAUUCACCUGUGACGACAAAGAAAAUCUGUUCGUGGAAAACAUUUGUGAACUUGCCCGUGUGAAAAUGAGAAAGGACUUCUACAACCACAAUACCAAAUCUCAGUUUGUUUUCAGGGAUAAAUGGAUCUACGUGCAGAAAGGCAGCACGAAGGAGCGUCAUGGAUAUUGCACUCUCGGCGAAGCGUUGAACCGCCUCGAUUUUUCCAGUGCCAUCCACGAUUUGAGGAGAUUCAACUACGUGGCAAAACUUUUCCAGCUAAUAGCCAGAUCCCAGCUGACGUCCUUGAGCGGAGCAGCCCAGAAAAAUUAUUUCAACAUUCUAGAGAAGAUUGUGCGAAAGGUGGUAGAGGACCACUACAAUCCACGGCUGGUCAAGGAGCUCCUGCAGGAUCUGAGCGCGACGCUUCACAGUCUGACCCUACACGUAGGUCGAUGCGUGCUUGUGGGCAACGUCAACGUCUGGCUUUGUCGACUGGAGAAUAUUCUCAAGUGGCAGCAGCAGCUCAACGACCUGCAGAUCCCCAAGCAAAUACGCUCCGGCAUGUCGUUCAGCGACCUGCCGCUCUACAUGCAGAACAAGAUCCUUUACAACCUCUCUGACGCCUGUGACAUCAUCAACUUGGGACAGGCCACGCCCACGCUGCACGUCCUCAGCGAGAACCGGACACUGUGGAAGCGGCUGUGCCAUUUCCACUUCUCUGAUAAGCAGCACUCUUCUAGGAAUUUGGUCCUCCCCAAGAGCGACAGCGUUGACUGGAAGCUGAUGUACUUCACCCUGCAGAAGCGUUACCCCAUGAAGGAGCAGUAUGGCGACACGUUGCAUUUCUGCAAGCACUGUAGCAUCCUCUUCUGGAAGGAUCGCCACCUGGCCUUGUUGUUCAAGGACUGCGGCCACCCGUGCACUGCCAAUGACCCGGAACGCUGCCUUGUGCCCAUCUCUCCGCAACAUUUCAUCGACCUCUUCCAGUUCUAGAUGCUUCCUUUCCUUCCCUAGUGUCCAAACCUAACUCAAAAUUAUACCACUUUGGAGAUGUCAUAUGAUAUGAAACGAUGUGCACGGUGAGAUUUGAUUCGUCCAGCCUCUGUGCAGGUGAUUGGGUUCACCUCCAUUGAUUCAAAACAGAAAAGAAUCUCUAGUGACCUCUACCGUUCACAGUUGACCAUUAUUUUUCACGAGGUCACAAAAGAUUUAAUAAAACUACAACUUAGACGAGUUUUCAUGGCUAAAUGAGUGAAGAAAAUGCCCCCCUCCACCACCACCACCACCCUCCCCAGGAAAAAAAAAAUCAUGUGAGUGUGUUGGGUUCACGUUUCCAAGAGAAACAACAAGUUUGCAUUGGGUCGGCUUAUUUUAUUUCUUUAAAUGACUUUUUUUUUUACAUUCACAGCUAAUACUGUAAAUAUUCAUGUACCAUGAAUUGAAAAAAAUUGCAUUAUGCUGGGCAAAUGGAAGCAUCUGAUGUUGUACCAAAACAACUUUUUGGAGUAUUAGGGACACCCAGAAAAUAAUUCAUGACAUUAACUCAUUUUUUUCGACAAUAAAGUCAUAACAUUUUGAGGGGGGGGGGAAUCAUCAUCUUAAGACAAAUUCAUCUUUUUAGGUAUUUUCAACAUGAUGUCGUUCAAAUCAUGACGUUAAUCUGAAAAGUAUAGAAAUGUUCCACUCGUAUCUUGUUUUCUAUUUUUCGGCAUUGGCCGUGGUCCCAAAACUCCUUUCGUCGUUUCGCUCGUUCAUAUCUUUUCACACGUAAACUAAAUGCCGCCUAGUCACAUAUUUCUCUUUGUUUCAUAUCGGCCUUUCAACACACAGAUAAAUACAGUCAACUUAUCACCAUUCACGGCACAAUACAACCAUACUGCCAAAUACUACACGGACAUUCUUGUCACAGUCAUCACAUCACAGCACCUCACUAGUGAAAGUACGCACAAUAACAAACGUGCUUAGGACAAAGCGCUAAUGUUUGCAAACAAGGGUUUCUCAAGGGACUGUAGUCAGAAAAUGUACCAAAAAAAUGUAGCAUUGUUUGUACCUAACCAAAAAUAAACAACAUUCAAUAAAUCACCAUAUGGUGAAUUUUUGAAUGAUUCGAAGAUGGUGUUAAAUUUCGAAAUUAUUCUAACAGAAUAUGUAAUAUCAUUUUGACAAAUAGACGUGUACUUUUUUAAUCAUCAAGUCCCCACAAAAAUCUGUCCGUCUGGGAAUUUUGCAUUGGGGCGAGUGAGUUAAUGCCCCUCCCAAACCAGCAGAUGGAGCUGUGGUGCGGGGGAGAAAAAAAAACCCUUUGACAUGCUUUUUACUUUUGCACAGGUUACUUUGAAAUGUUCUGCACAAUAUUUUCUAAUUUCCCAUCAAAUUCUUCGUUUUCCCAAGAUAAAGUAUUUUUUUAAGGAAUAUUUCCUAAAUUCCACAGCAACGUUUUUCGAUUAUCCAAUUACAGUCACACGUUUUAACUUAAAUUUUGCUACGUCACAGGAAGGCUCGUCUCCAUUUCAGGGCCAGUGACCUCUAACGUCGCAUGUAAGCUGCCCUUAAAAAAAGAUGCUUGCUAAGAGGAUCUCCCCGACCUCCUUCUCUGCUAAUCUCAUCUCAGUGUUCAUUUACACGCUCCGCCACGGAUACAUUCACACACUUCCACGUCCUACAGA